AGAAACUCAACCCCCUCAAAUGGAAACAGUAAAGUACAAACUGAAAACAAGUCACUAAAGAUGGAUGAUUCCGUGGAUAUUUAUGAGCAGGCUGCACUGAACAUGUCAAUACCUGACGGAUGCGAUGUCAAUCGAGUUGUCUACGCAUCAAUCAAGCAGUUAAUCAGUCAUGAUAUUAUCGAUCCAAGCUCAGUGGGAUUUCAAAACUGUGAACCUUUGUGUGGAAUAUGUUACCAUGGAUCCAAAGAGUGGGAUUACAUUCGCUUCAAUAUUAUUGUGAUCGGAAUAAUUCUUCCUAUUGUUGGAGUUUUUGGCAUUGUGGGAAAUGCUAUUUCAGCUUUUGUUUAUAGUCGUCCAGAAAUGCGAUGUUCCACUAACUUGUAUCUUUUCUCACUUGCGUGCUCCGAUACGGGUGUUGUUCUAACCGGAAUUUUUUUAUUCUCCCUCGAAACAUUCCGUCCAUUUUCGCUGACUGUUGCGAGAAUUUCUGGACAGUUGUCUGCAAUCGUGUAUCCAAUGGGCAUGAUUGCUCAAACGUGCUCCGUGUAUUUCACCGUUUGCGCUGGUGUUGAUUGUUUUGUGCAGGUUUGCCUUCCCGAAAAAGUGCGACGAGCAUUUUCCCGCAAAGAAACUGUUCACUUUCUUGCUACAUGCGUUGUGAUAUUCUCAGUUCUCUACAAUGUUCCACACUUUUUUGAAGGAUUCGUCAUUGAUUGUUAUCAUCAAGAAUUGGGUGGUAUGAGUAAAGAAGUGUGUCCAGCUACUUUGAGAUAUAAUGAAAUGUAUCAGUCAAUAUAUUAUAAAUAUAUGUAUGCAAUUUUUCUUGCCGUCGGUCCUUUGUUCACAUUGAUUAUUCUCAACACAUUGAUUAUUGGUUUCUCAGUGUUCGGGUCAAGUGCCUCUAAUAUGGAUGAUACUAUGUCAUUAAUUCUUGUUGUUCUGCUAUUCAUUUGCUGCAACACAAUUGCCUUGGUCAUAAAUAUAUUUGAAAGUUAUCUAUCGGAGACGCUGGGCAGCAAAAUUAACUACAUAGUGGAUUUGUCAAACUUUUUAGUGGUUUUUAAUUCGAGUUUUAACAUAAUCAUCUACAUCAAAUACUCCCGGCCAUUUGCUGACACUCUUUUCUCCUACUUUUGUAACCGAAAACCAAUAACCGACAAUGAUGGACCCGGACCACCGAUGUUGAUCACAGAAAAACCAUCUCGGUCAAAAAAGUGUAAAGAGACAUUGUCUCGGUUACUAGUCGCUUCUCAACCAGAGGUACUUAUUUGAGAAGAUGAUAUUCGUCUGAUCAGACCUCUUCACAAUUAGCUCCUCAAAUCGAAACGGAAGUCGUAUAAAAUCGACUGCAUUCUAAUUCUCGAUUACGGCCAGACAAAAGAGCUUCAAUACUGAUGCACAUUUCUUUAUUAUUGUGAUAUUGCUUCUAUAGACUUUUUUCGAAUGAUUAAUCUCAUGCUUUCAAUUAUUUCUGGUUUCAAGCAUGAAAUAAUUCAAUUUAUCUACGAAUUUUUGCUUGAGCAUUACAAUGAGCAUCAUUCCAUUAUUUUUAUAUUGGCAUUUGUUUUUCAAUAAACAUUAAGAUACUAA